CUUUUUAGAGUUGUGAACUAAUUACUUGAAGUAAACACGUGACAAAAGUGAACGAGUUGAUGUAAUAGUGCAAUUUAUUUAUGAAAUGAUGAUUAUUUGAAUCUAUUGAAUAAUUCGUUUCAAGUGUAUCGGAUUUUAGCAGAAAGAAAAGUAAAUCGUUCGUGUAAAACAAUUUAACAUUUAUUUGAGAUUUAUUUUUAAUGAUGGAUAUAGAAGAGAAGGCUACAAAGUAUGGUGUGUCUUCGACUUUAUUGCAUGAUUGGAAUAAAGAGCAGAUUGAAUUAAAGAAAAAAAUUAUUUUAUCUGAUUCUGAAGAAUGGCAGAAAUCUAAAGAUGCAAUCGAAAGUGAAGAAAACUGUACCAAAGCUACUCUUCAAUAUGUAGCAGGUGUUGAUAUUUCAUACAGAAAAGAUCAUGAACAAGAAGCUUGUACUGCCUGUGUUGUAUGCAGUCUACCAGAUUUAGAAGUUGUUUAUGAAGAUUUGGAAAUUGUAAAUGUUACAACACCAUAUGUUCCAGGAUUUUUGGCAUUUCGUGAGGUAUCUUUCUUACAAAAUGCUGUAGAGAAAAUUAAAUCAUCUCAUCCUGAAUAUGUACCUCAGGUAGUAUUGGUUGAUGGAAAUGGAAUAUUACACCCAAAUGGAUUUGGUGCUGCAUGCCAUUUAGGAGUUUUACUUGAUAUCCCAUGCAUUGGAGUUGCAAAGAAUCUUUUUUUCUUAGAUAAUAUAGUACGAGAUGAAGAUUAUCAUAAUAAGGUUCUUUCUUUAAAAGAAGUUGGUGAUUUUUUUCCAUUAUAUGAAAAUUCUGGGAGAAAGGUUGGAGUGGCUCUGAAAACAAGCAAACCAAAUACAAAUCCGGUGAUUGUAUCUGUAGGUCAUCGAUGCACAAUAGAUACUGCAAUCUGGACAGUGCUUCGGUGUUCUAAAUAUAGAAUACCAGAACCAUUACGUCAAGCAGACAUCAGAUCCAGAGAAUUCUUAAGAAUUCAUAAUUGUUAAUAAUUUCAACAGCUGAAAUUUGUUGAAAAUACUCUUUAUAAGGCUUAUUUGUAUAGAUAUAAGAUUAUUAUUGUUAUGUACCUUUAUAAAAGAUUAAUGUGAA